AUGAAAGAGACAGCAGUUAUGCAUCAAUAUCAUCAGCCUCAUCCUCAUCAUCGUCUAUUAACUGUAAUUAGUACAAUUGUAUUGUUGACAAUUGUACAAGAUGUAAAAGGUUCCGGUUUAUUCGAUGAUGAUCCUACUACAACUACAACCGCUCCGACAACGACAUCUGGUUCAGCUAGUUCUUUUCAAGUAUCAUGGCUGGCUCUUUCAUCAGUCUUUAUGAUUGUUCUUGGAUUGAUCAAUAGUUAUACUGAAAGAUCUAUCUUCUAA